UUUGAUUAGAGUUGUAAAUGCAAACGGACAUCUUUUAAAUACAUCGCGGGAUAUCUGUUGGUCUUUAUUUUCCUGCAAGACUCUAAAUAAUCUAGUUUUAGUUCCAUUAUGACUCUCUCUUUACGCUGCUCUGUUGUGAUUGAAGAGUUAGCUUCUGACAAGUGUACCGUAAAACGUCGCACAGCACUUCGUGAAUCGCAAAUUUCAGCAGUUAGAGAUGACUUACAGCAAAUUCUCAUACGUAUCACUCCUAUGAACAAUUCAGGCUGCAAAAAGAUGGUGAAGAAAAGCAUGGGUUAUCCAGUCAUUGAAUUAGAUCUUUACAAAAACUUUUUAUCACAAGGCAAAGCCACUAUAUGUUUACCAGUUCAUUCUGUAAGAAUAAUGAUUAGUAACUGUCCACCAGAUAAACUUCGUUUUUUCCUCGCGACUCUUCGUACCAAAUUAAAGACACAAAAGACUCACGUUUUGAAAAGACCAGUACCACCGGAUGCUCCUCCUACAUCUAUUUCACUUCUAGAAGAAAUAAGUCCACUACCUCUUCCAAAGAAAAUCAACUCUCACCCAAAAGUCAUAGAACCAUUUUCUUGUGACAUGUCUGUCAUAAACUUUCAAGAUGAAGUUUCAAAUACCUGUUCACCAAGAUGUGGAUCCUUACACCCGACUCCUCUUGUUUCCACUCCUGUACGAAAGGUCGCAGCAAAAAGUCGUGGAGACACAAAUCGGUCAUUUGGUCAUAUCUUUGAUUCAUGGGAAUCUGAUAUUUCAAGUCAGAAAGGUCACGACGAACAAAUGACAGUCAUAAAUUUCGUAAAGCAAGGGUGCAAUGUUUUCUGUACUGGUGGUGCUGGGACAGGAAAAUCUCAUCUUAUUCGUCGUGUGGUUGGUCUACUUCCACCGGAGCAUACUGCUGUAACAGCUAGUACAGGGUCAGCUGCUAAUAUUAUUGGUGGAUUGACAGUACACGCGUUUUCUGGAUUAGGAGGUUUACUUGAGUCAGAUCUAAAAAUGGAUAAAGAUAACAUUUUGGUUUGGAUGGAGAUUUUGCGUACUCGUUUAAAGUUCCGUCCAGAUAUAGUAACUCGCUGGCAAAAACUUCAAUAUCUUGUCAUUGAUGAAAUUAGCAUGUUAAGUAGCAGACUGUUUACACGUUUAGAACUUAUAGCCACUGAGUGUCGCCGUUCAAUGAACAAAAUUUCCGAACAAAAAGCUUUCGGUGGCAUCCAGUUGGUUAUCUUCGGCGACUUUUUUCAACUUCCACCUGUUGUUCAUCCAUCUGAGUCUCAUAAUAAAUUUGCAUUCCAAUCAUCUUCUUGGGCUAAAUGUCGUUUUCGAGUUAUUGAACUUACUCACUCUUGGCGACAGUCCAAUGAUCCGAAGUUGGCUCAUUUACUAUCAGUAAUUCGUGAAGGUCAGUGUCCACAGUGGGCUGUGGAAAGAUUGCGAUCUCGUUUGGUUUCUGAACUGGUUAACGAUCAAAAUAAACCCAAAAUUAUAGCAACACGUUUAUGUACUCAUCGCGCAGACGCUGAUGCCUGGAAUCAACGCAAGUUAAGUGAACUGCCAGGUUCAUUUAAAGUUUAUCGAUCUCAAGACAAGGGAGUUGGGAAAGGUAUUUCAACCACAAUAGAUUCAUCUUGCCCAGCUCCUUCUGUACUGAAUUUAAAAGUUGGUGCUCAAGUAAUGCUACUAAGAAACUUGGAUACCAGCCGUGGACUUGUCAACGGUGCACGAGGCGUAAUAGAGAAGAUAAACAACGAUAAUGGUCUUCCUGAAGUUAGAUUUUAUUCUGCAAAAGCGAAUGGAUCUAAUGGCAUCUUACAUGUUGUACAAAUGGAAAAGUGGACUAUUCGUGGGGUUGAUGCAGAAGAAAUCGCGAGUCGACGUCAGUUACCACUAACUCUGGCUUGGGCAAUAUCCAUCCAUAAAAGUCAGGGGAUAACAUUGGAAUAUGCGGAAUUAGCUCUGUCAAAGGUUCGUAUUUUGCAAUAGUGUGACGGACUAAAAAGUUUUAUUUUCAUAAUAAAUAAUUUAGUUCAAAGUAGUUGGCGUCCAUGUUUGCAGAAUACGUACGUUCUCAACCGAUUAACUCAUAAUCGUUUGUUUCCAGCAUUGUCGUUACUCUAAAACUCAACAGAGUAUCUUCUGUUACUAGUGAUAAUGAAAUUAACACUUUGCAAUUAAAAAGUAAUGAACAAAAAACAAAUGAUUUGAUAAAUCAUAGUAGUUAUACCAGGAUAGCGAAUAAAAAAUCAUUAUUCACUAAUCAAUUUCAGACACAAGGUAGUUCAAACCAAUAUUAACCCUUAACGCGAGCAACGUGUCAAUUCCUAAACAAUUUUGUUAACGGUUCAAUGUUCAGAUUCAAUAAAUAAUAAAAAAAAGUGAUGCUGAACCAAUAAUUAAAAAUAAUAGUAAUAAUGAUGCGAAGGUUUGUAAAAUGAAAUAACAAAGACAAUAAUAUUUCGUUAUAUGUAAAUUAAUCAAAUCAGGUUAUUCUAAAAAUUGAGAUAACUAUUGAUUUAUUAACCUUGAAGUUGGCUGAGGCAAAAGGAGUUGAACAUAUUUCUUUUGCACACAUAGUUCUUUUUUGUCGGUAAGAAUACUUUUGUAAUUAAAAUUGUUGUUCUUAUACUAAUAAUUGCUAAUGUGGCUAUGCAACUGUAGAACCUAAAGAGAAUUUAUUAAAAAGAAUAUUCUUUGUUUAAUAUAUCAGCGUUUCCUUUAAUCAAAUAAUUUCACAUUUAAAUAUUUUUUGGUUGAAUGGUAGUAGAAUACUCAUGACCAUAACUUAAUGAAGUAUAAUUAGGUACAUAGGUCUCAUCGGAUCACAUUACAGAAAACCAGAUCGAUCAUUUCUGUAUCACUAGAAAAUUCAGAAACUCAAUGAAGGAUGUGAGGACCAAGAGAGGAGCUGACAUAGCAACUUCAGAUCACGACCUGGUGUUUGUCAAGAUGAAACUGAAGCUAGACAAGCACUAGACAGCUGGAGAAACUGUAUCACAAAGGUCCAACAAAGCCUUCCUUCGAGAUAGCGGCAAACUAAACGAAUUCAAUAUAGCUUUCAACAACAGGUUCCAAGCCUUACAAGAUCUUGAUGAAGAAGAAACUGCUAUGGAGGACAAGUGGAAGAGGAUCAGAGAAGUACUAACUUCAACGUGUCAGGGGUGUUCGGCCGCAAGCAGCACCACCAUAAGGAAGUUUAGAGGGGCGCUGGAAAUGCUGGUAAACAUUUCAUCCAAUCAGUGUUAAAAAAGAAGCUUUACAGAAUCAUUUGAAAAGUGAGGGGUCACAUGUCACAUUCCUAAUUGAUUAAUUACCAAUGAUGCUAAUAUAUUUGCUAUAGUUUCGAGAACUUCUAGAACCCCUUGAUUUUUUGUACAUUAACCAACUUUUGAGUAAAACGCUCUCUUCACACUUCGAGCUUUUUUCUCUUAUGUUCAAGUUACCAUGUAAAUUUAGCCUAAGAUAAUUAGAAGCGUCUAGGAAACGGAUACAAGCAUGCAGUUAGAAAGAUUAUUUUAUUCGUUAUGUUAUUGUCAAUUAUGAACAAUCAGUUGUGGUAUGUCGACUUAUUUCACCGUUGUAGUUAUUGAUUUUGUUGUUGUUGUUGUUAUUCUGUCUGUAAAAAUUUCAACUAUCAUUUCCGCUCCAAAUAUGUUAGUAUGUUGAAUACCUUCUUAUUUUUGAAUUCUAUGGAUUCUUAUGUCGCUUUGUUUAUUCCAGGUAUUUGAAUGUGGACAAGCCUAUGUAGCUCUUAGUCGGUGUCGUAAUUUAAAUGGCCUAUACUUACUCGAUUGGCGCCCUGAAGUGAUUCGUGCAGAUCCUAAUGUGAUAAAAUUUUAUGCCAAAAUUAGAGAGACCAAUAAUGAGAUUAAAAACAAGAUUAUAUGAUAAUAUUUUUACAAUUUUCUUUAUACAUUUUUUCAAAAAGAAACUAUCCUCAUAGAUCGACGCAUUUUAAUUAUUUUUAUGUGAAUGAAAUGUACAUUUACAAAUGAAUAAAUUUUAGGUAAAGU